AUGGACGAGUUGAAUGUGCUCCUACUGGGGCUUUUGUUAUUAGUUCCAGAGAAUAAAUUGCCAGAAACUGGUGAUUCUAAUCUUCUGUCUGUGUCACGUGUCAUCAAGGAAAUCGUGGGUGGCAGAUCCGCAGCAUGGGUCCAUGAACAACUCCAACAGAUAAGCCAAACUAAAAAGGUUGAAAUUAAUGAAUCUGGCGAUCUCAAAUCUGCUUUAUUCACCUACGCUGAUUACAUAAUCUCCACACAAAACGGUCCCCAGUCGGCUUUGAACCUCCAGCUUCUCGCUAUAGGUCUUCUUCAAACAUAUAUCCAGGCAAACUUCACCGGACCUGAAAUUGGAUUUACCGCUAGAGAGUUGAUUUUUGAUGGAGUUGACGAGACUUUGCUUCAAAAAGAGUGUGUCCGUUUGCUCAGCAUCGAAGGUAAACUGGCCUAUGACCUCAUGAACGAGCCUGUGCUACUUCUUCUAUCAUUGGUGAUUUUCGAGAAACUCAUGAACGUGGAGGGUCUUGCCGAGGGCAAUGCUUUGGAUUUGGAGAAAGUUUCCGGAAGUACAGCCGCUGCCGUGAAAAGUCUAGGAGACUCGCCUGUGACGGCCUCUCUUGCAUGGUGGAGAGCUCGUGCUUUACAGGUUCACCUUUCUGUUCUUUCUGAACCUUCAGACACGCUAGCCUCGAUCAGCUCAAUUCUUCUUCAACAGCCCAUUGUCAAUUGGCUAGUUCCCAGUGGCGCCGCUGACGUUGAACUUCAAAAAUUCGUGCAAUUGAUCUUCCUACUAGAAAACGCUAGAAACGGCAUUCAUGCUCAAACGGAACACUUGGCUGAACCUAUGUUGAAGAAGGCCGCAGAAGUGUCUCAGUUGCAGUUUGCAUUGACAGGAGCCAAGGCGAAGAGAACAAAGUUUCAGACAUUCCACACUGCCCUGUUGAUUCUUUUGGCAAAGUCCGCUGAGAACCUGGUUUACGGAGAACUGAAGAACGAGGCACCAGAGGCGUUUGAGCUCAAUUCCGAUUUGCUUUUGGAAAAGCCAGAAUACGAGAGUUUGGCCGACGUGGACAUGAAGGACGAACAGGCGUCCAAGAAGAUCAAGAUCGAUUUUGAAGGCGGAUCUGAGGAUUCUGAAGAUGAUCGGUUGUUUCCAGUUGCCCUUUCCUCAGAGGUACCUGAUCUGCUCAAGGAACUUGAUCCUAAUAACCAGCCGCCAUUGAGUGAUCUAGACAACGUCCAGCUUUUGCUCAGACUCACCACUUUGAGACAAACCUCCCCACUGGGAAAUACCUUGGUCGACGAAGAACUCUCCGCUGUUGUCAACAGAAUUGUCUACUCCUCGUCUGCAAACAUCAACUGGCUCGUUUUUGGUAGAGCCCUCUGGGAAAGAUCGGUUCUUGAAACCGGCAAAGCCAGAACCGUGGAGAGAGGUAUUCUCCAAAUGACCUCGUUGGUCGAGGAAAUCGGCAUCAAGAUCAAAUCUCGUGUGUUGCCUCAGGCUGAAGAUAAUCAGACAUCUGUGGCUUCGAGACUCAGAUUCGUCCACCAGAUGCCGUUGAUGGCCCAGUGGAGUCUAGACGCUAAACUUGCUGAAAAGUACAUGUCUUUGGGUGUGUUGAAGCUGGCUAUUGCUAUUUACGAGAGACUCGGUAUGGUUGUGGAGGCUGCGCUUUGCUAUGCUGCUGUUGAAGAAGAAAACCUCGCUGAACAGCUUUUGGUGGAUCGUGUAAAUGCCCACCCUGAAGAUGCCAGAGCCAUCAGUAUUCUCGGUGACAUCAAGCAGGACCCUUCGUACUGGGAAAAAGCAUGGGAAGUUGGCAGAUACCCCAAGGCUAAGGCAUCUCUUUCCCGUCAUUACUACGCAAAGAAAGACUACACAAAUGCUAUUGAAAGCAUGCACCAGUGUCUUUCUGUGAGCCCUCUUUCCUACGAAAACUGGUUCUUCUACGGCUGCAUGGGUCUCGAAACCAAUCUGUUUGAGUUGGCUGCUGAGGCCUUCACCAGAUGUGUUUCUCUUGACGACACCAACUCGCAUGCCUGGUCCAAUUUGGCCAGUGCCCUUUUGAGACUCGACAAGACCAAACAGGCUUUUAGUGCUUUGAAGAAAGCGUUGCAGCAAGGUGAAGGUGCAAACAGGUCGUGGAGGAUUUAUGAAAACUACCUUACGGUGGCUGCCAAAUUGGGAGAGUGGAACGACGUUCUUCAUGCCACCAAGGAGCUCAUGAAAAUCAGAAAGGAGUCCGGCGGUGAGACGGUUGUGGACUUGCCUGUCAUCGAAACGCUCGUGCAAAUCCUCAUGGAGGAGCCUUAUCCUGACGAAGACACCAGAAUGACCCAUUUCCAGAAAUCGUGCAUCGACCUCGUGUGCAAUAUCUUGCCGGGCGUCAUCAACCACCUGGCCAGAUGCUGGAGAAUCGUCAGCAAAGUAGAGCUCUGGAGAAAGAGACCAUGGGCUGCACUCGAAUGUCACGAAAAGGGUUUCAGAGCUACUUCUCAGAGACCAGAGCUUGAGACUGAUGGAAAGAUCUGGACGGACGCCGUGGAGGCCUGUUCCGAUUUGGUUUCUGCUUACGAAUCUCUCGGUGAAAUGCCAGGCAAGCACGGUGCUGGAGAUGUUGUUUGCAAGGACUGGAAAUACAAGGCCAGAACCGCCGUUCGUUCGCUCAUGUCCAAGGGCAAAAACAUGUGGGAGGGUUCUGAAGGCUGGGAGUCGCUUAUUGCCAUGAGAGACGAGCUCAAGAACUAG